AUGGCUUCUCGUUGUGUAUUGGCGAUCUUUGUUCUCAUAGCUGCCAUUGUUCCAAUGACAACUUUGGCAACAGAGUACAUAGUUGGGGACGAAAGUGGAUGGACCUUAGGGUUUGAAUAUCAUGCCUGGGCUGCGGGCAAGAACUUUCUUGUCGGUGACGAACUUGUUUUCAAAUAUCCCGUUGGUGCUCACAACGUGUUUAAAGUGAACGGAACUGAAUUCCAGAACUGUAUUAUUCCGCCGGCAGAUAGGGCUCUAACUAGUGGAGAUGACACCAUUGUUUUGGCUAGUCCAGGAAAGAAAUGGUAUAUUUGUGGAGUGGGCAAGCACUGUGAAUUUGGUCAAAAGCUUGCUAUAACUGUGCAAUCUUUGGCACCAACUCCAAGCCCUGCACCGUCGCCACUCUAUGCUAAGCCUGAUGAGGCGGUGAAAGGCAAGCGACCUUUCUUCACAUUGCGUUGGUGGUGA